GGAGGCCGUGGCUUCCGGCGGCAGGCGCUGCGCUUCCGCUGCCGCCGCUCCGACCAGAUGGCGGCCCCGCUGCUCCACGCGCGCCUGCCCGGAGCUGUGGCGGCUGCGGCCGCUGCCACGCGGGGCUCGGCGGGGACCGGGCUUUCAGAUAUGCUUGCGGUAGAGGGUGAUUUCUUCAAUUCCUCCCCAAGAAAAACUGUUCGGUUUGGUGGAACUGUGACAGAAGUCUUACUGAAAUACAAAAAGGGUGAGACAAGUGACCUGGAGUUGUUGAAGAACCAGCUCUCAGACCCUGACAUAAAGGAUGACCAGAUCAUUAACUGGCUGCUGGAAUUUCGCUCCUCUGUCAUGUACUUGACAAAAGACUUUGAGCAACUUAUAAACAUCAUACUGAAACUGCCUUGGUUGAAGAGGAGUCACACAGUGGUGGAGGAGUACUUGGCUUUCCUUGGUAACCUUGUGUCGGCGCAGACUGUCUUCCUUAGACCAUGUCUCAGUAUGAUUGCUUCCCAUUUUGUUCCUCCCCGAGUGAUCAUUAAGGAAGGUGGCGUGGAUGUUUCGGACUCUGAUGACGAAGAUGACAAUCUUCCUUCACGUUUUGACACAUGUCAUAGAGCCUUGCAAAUAAUAACAAGAUAUGUCCCAUCGACACCGUGGUUUCUAAUGCCAAUAUUGGUAGACAAAUUUCCAUUUGUGAGAAAAUCAGAGAGAACAUUGGAAUGCUAUGUUCAUAACUUACUAAGGAUAAGUGUGUAUUUUCCAACUUUGAGGCGUGAAAUUCUGGAGCUUGUUAUUGAAAAGUUACUAAAGUUAGAUGUGAGUGUAUCCCGGCAGGAUAUUGAAGACGCCGAAGAGGCAGCAGCUCAGACUUGUGAGGCAGAUGCCGCGGAAGGAUUGUUUAACAUGGAUGAAGAUGAGGACCCUGACCCUGGACGGAAACCUGACCUGGACCAGUCUACCCAGAUGGCUCACCCCGUCGCCGAGCGCCUGGACAUCCUGCUGUCCUUGCUUCUGUCCUACAUUGAGGAUGUCUGCCGUGUAGAUGGUAAGAUUGACAAUAAUAAGACAAAGGACUUGUACCGUGAUCUGAUAUCCAUCUUUGACAAGCUGCUGCUGCCCACACAUGCUUCCUGCCACGUACAGUUCUUCAUGUUCUUCCUGUGCAGCUUCAAACUGGGAUUUGCAGAAGCAUUCUUGGAGCAUCUCUGGAAAAAGUUGCAGGAUCCAAAUAACCCCGCCAUCAUCAGGCAAGCUGCUGCGAAUUACAUUGGGAGCUUUUUGGCAAGAGCUAAAUUUAUACCUCUUAUCACGGUGAAGUCAUGCCUGGAUCUUUUGGUUAACUGGCUGCACAUGUAUCUUAAUAACCAGGACUCGGGGACAAAGGCUUUUUGCGAUGUCGCGCUCCAUGGACCGUUUUACUCGGCCUGCCAAGCCGUGUUCUACACUGUCGUUUUCAGACACAAGCAGAUCCUGAGUGGAAACUUGAAGGAAGGUUUACGGUAUCUUCAGAGUCUAAACUUUGAGCGUGUCGUGCUGAGCCAGCUAAACCCUCUGAAGAUCUGCCUACCAUCAGUGGUUAACUUUUUUGCUGCUGUCACAAAUAAGUACCAGCUUGUGUUCUGCUACACCAUCAUGGAGAGGAACAAUCGCCAGAUGCUGCCUGUCAUCAGAAGCACAGCUGGCGGGGACUCCGUGCAGACCUGCACCAACCCACUGGACACGUUUUUUCCCUUUGACCCUUGUGUGCUUAAGAGGUCAAAGAAGUUUAUUGAUCCUCUUUAUCAGGUCUGGGAAGACAUGAGUGCUGAAGAGCUACAAGAGUUGAAGAAACCUACUAAAAAGGAACUAGUGGAAGAAGAAGACGAUGACUUUUUGAAAGGUGAAGUGCCCCAGAUGGAUGCAGUGAUUGGCCUUACCCCAAGCUCCUUUGACGCCCACUUCCUAAGUCCUUCCAGCAGUGUGGGCUCCCCGCCCGUGCUGUUCAUGCCAGACCAGUCCCCACUCACCUCCAGGAUCUGUGAUUGAGCUCUGCUGCUGUCCCAGAGCCCAUGAGCCCCCCUGGACCCUGUGUUGGACUAGUCUGUGCCUCCUGUGUCCACCUUCCUUGUUGGACUUGGGCCAGUAUCUGAAGGGGCCCAGGUUGCGUGUUUGCGGUUUGCUCCCUAUGGACAGAAGGAAAGGUUGAGUGUCCUGUGUAGUAGUUCACGGUGGGCAUAGCAGUCAGUGCUGAUGCUCCGAAUGCUGUUGUCAGCCAUGCCCUAGUAGAUGGCCUCGUAACAGGUUCCUUUGAUCAGAGUCUCUGCUGGUCUCGUUUUGGUAAGAAAUCUUCCGGGAUCAGUCCUGCUGCACAUACUCUUUAACUGGAUCCUGCUUACGGUGGCAUAAUGGUUUCCUUUUGAUGGAAUUGUCUUUGUGAUGUGGGGUAGAGGGAAACGCCAGGCAGGGGUGAAGUGCUGAGAGUUUGGGCUGGCUUCACCCACGGAACAGGACUGCAGAAGGACAGAGAAGCCGGGAGGACAGGAAAAGUCACCGUGCAGGACAGAGGGUGAACACGGGCGUCAGCUGUACCCAGACUGAUCGUGGCCUGGGUGUCUGAAACGCAGUUUCACAGAUGGCACAGCAUGGACUCUGCUUGAAGAGCCGGUCUUACCAUAAGCCGCUGCUCCUGCUCCUCAGCGGGCACGUGGAGAAGACUUCCGGUGUCCUUCCUGGGAUCUUACAUGUAAACUUUGUAAUUGGGAAAACAACCCUUUAAGUAUAUUUAAUUUUUUUUGACACUUAUAUUUAUUUAAAGGCAAGCAAUAUUUUCUUGGUCACAAUGUUUUUUAAUGGAAUUCUCUCAAGGUUUAUAUACUCUUGUGUACUGACACUGAUGCAGAUGCCCUCUGGAUUUCAGUCUACCUGUUAAUGCCUUUUUGGAACAAAGACAUUUUUAUUGCUUUAAAAAGCUUUCAGUACAAGGCAGGCAGAUCCUGAAGUCCCAGCCUUGGUGGAAAGUCAGUAGGAAACCUCGAGGUUCCUUUUUAACUGCUGACAAAAAAGAUACAAAGGAACUGCAUCCAUAGAUGCUGACAGGGUGUGGGGUUUGGGAAGUGUCUAGAACGUAGAAGGUGUGUUGACAAACAUUCCUCUUUGCAGAGGGGCUUGGGGAACAAAUCCCUUGUGAAAAAGAAUGGUGUAGCUCACCUACUCAUAUCAAUGAGGGCUGUAAUAAAGACUCCUCCCACAAUGUU